AAUGCAGUUGAGAAGCAUAUAUAAAAGAGAAUUCACGUGAUGCCCAAAAGCCAUGUAAGCGGAUGGACAGAACGUCAAAGAAGCUCCCGCUUGCUGAGCCACAUGGUGGGGGUUAUCACCACCUCCGUCCCGCGUGCUGAUAGGCGCGCCGAGGCAGGUGCCUCCCCGGCCACGACUUGCGACAGCCCUCCCACCAGUGGCGUCCCCGCCAGCGGUAUCGGGAUAUCGCCAGGCUGCCGAGCGCAAGCACCUCCAUCCCUCAUGAUCAACCUUGGCGCCUCAAACACCUCCUAGCUCUUGCCAGCUCUACUCCAUACUUUUGUCCCUUUCCUCAACAACGACAGCGAGUGUCAUUUACGACUCUGAUCAACAACAUCCAUACAAUUUAAUUUCGGAUCGCACUCGAAAGACUCACCUCCGCUCCGGAUCCAACCCCGCUCCGAGCUACGAUCCGUUAUCAGGCGUCAUCGCGACAAGCGCCCUUUACCUCGAACGAACGACCACAUACCAUCACUUAGUGACACACAUUCUCACCUUCGCCCAUGGCCGACAACACCGAGGCGGGCAGCGACGCCCAGAUCACCUUCAAGGUCAAGGCGUCCAACGACAAAAUGCACACCAUCACCAUGUCCGAGUCGGCCACAGUGUUAGACCUCAAGACAAAGCUAGCCGGCCCCGACUUCGAGAACAUCCCAGCCGCCAACCAGCGCCUUAUCUACUCCGGGCGUAUCCUCAAGGAUGCGGAUGCCCUGAGCGUCUACAAGAUCAAGAAUCUUAACACGAUCCAUUUAGUCAAGUCGGCACAAAGCAAUGCCGCUGCCUCGUCCUCUGCGUCGACGUCGACACCAACACCACCAGCCGUUCCCCAGAAUAUGGCUGCCGGAACUCCAGCCAGCAACAUUCUCGCAGGACUCACAGGCGCCAGAUUUGCUGGCCAUGCCCCUCUGCCGAAUCGGGAUCUCUUUGGGGCUGACGGUGGUAUGGGUGCGCCUCCCAGCGAAGACCAAAUGGCGGACAUGCUAUCCAACCCAGCCAUCGCACAGAGCAUGAACGAAGCCCUCAACAACCCAGCCUUUGUUGACCACAUGAUCCAGUCGAACCCAAUGUUGGCCAAUGUGCCCAAUGCGCGCGAGUUGCUCCAGUCACCGGCCUUCCGACAGAUGAUGACAAACCCCGAAGCAAUUCGAAUGGCGGCCAGGAUGCGGAGACUAGCCGGAGGUCAAGGGCCUGCGGCUUUCCCAGCGCCCGGUGUCACCGACACAACACCGGCUGGUGCGGCAAGUAGUGAGGGUGCGAAUGCCGCCCAAAAUCCGUUUGGUGCUUUUCCUGGCCUCUUUAACAAUCUCCCUGGCGCCGUUGGUGCUUCUGGAAACGAUCCUUUUGCUGCCCUGUUUGGCGGUAUGAGUCCCUGGGGUGCACCUCCUGCGGGGGCAACGCCCUCGACUCAGAGUGUUGGUCAGGCGAACCCGGCGUCACCAGCUGCUGGGGCCGCGGCGGGGGCCUCUCCAGACGGCCAAGCGCAGGGUGCUCAGGCGCCGCCGGUCAACCCCUUUGCUGCUCUGUUCGGCGCUCCGGCAGCGGGAGCGGGAGCAGGGGGUGCUGGUGCGGGUGCUGCCAACCCAUUCGGCAUGUCUGCCGAAGAGCUCGCUCAGAUGAGACAAGCCCUCCAAGGGCUGGGAGGUUUGGGCGGAUUGGGCGGAUUGGGCGGGCUGGGUGCAUUUGGCGCGCCACCAGCAUCUGUUGAUAACAGACCACCUGAGGAGAGAUAUGCUGAGCAACUGCGGCAGCUGAACGACAUGGGAUUUUUUGACUUUGACAGAAACGUGGCAGCCUUGCGCAGGAGUGGCGGCAGUGUUCAGGGUGCUAUUGAGCAUUUGCUCAGUGGGCCGUAAUCGGGGUAGCCGGAACGAAACCAACCCGUACCAUUAUUUUAUUGAGAAGAUCAUGUAGGCCGUCUUGCUUCUGAUCUUUAGCCAGAAAGCGAAGCAGUAAUUCUGAGCUGGAGUGAAGC